UAGAUCGCGCCACAUUUCCCCCAACUCCCGCCGGCGCCGGUCUAGCGCGUCACAAAAUUCGGCACAAUUAAUUUCUUAGCAACAAAGCUUAGCUUCAAGCAUAUUGUUUGAUUACGAUUGUUUAUAAAUGAGUGCAAGGGAUCAGUUUUGAGUGCAAGUGUGAUAAGCGAAUUAUAUUACGCCUAUAAUUUGCAAGAGGCUCCGCAGGGGUGGUCUUUAUGAUGGUCGCCAUUAGUAAAGAUCUGUAUUGUGUUAUACAAUUUCAAGAUAGAUUGCCUGGUGUUAAUACUGAUUUUUUGGUAUGCGUACGCUACGGCUGGAUCAAAAACAAGCCUGAUUCCGAUUAUGUAGCAUACCCAGUAGAAGAUAAUAAUGUCACUGAAGUUCGUGUGAUAAAAAAUGAGAAAGCUAAAAGGAAUUGGAACACCUAUAAAGUAUUUGUGCUGAGAAUUACACCUACUUACGAUGAAGCUCAAAAAUUUAUCGCUAAAAGACUCUCCCUUUUAAAAGAAAAUUGCAAAGUGUUUGAAACAAAGGAACGCAAAGAAACGAAGAAACGUGCAUCAAAAGGUGAUUCCAAGCCAGUAUUUAAGAAACCCAAAAUCAAUCCUGUUUCUGUAAAACCUGCAAAACCAAAAAAGAAGGUUUCUCUUGAUAAGUCUAUCACGUCUGAUGAUGAAUGUUUGCAAGACUUGAUUUAUUCAGGUGAAGAAGAUGAAGUUGAAUUAGCUGACAAGUUCACCCAAACUGUUUGUAUAAGCCAAGCAGAUAAAGGAACAGAUACACCUGCAGAAUUGCAGCAACCCGAUACAUCUAAUAAGACACAAAAUCAGCGAUCUAUUGGAACUUCUACGGAUUUCCAGGUCUCACAGCCUCAGAUUAAUGUAACAAGAACGCAUGAUGUGAAUCUAACCAGACUUAAUGCAUAUGCAAUGACCGAAGCUCAUUAUUCAGAAAACUUACAAUUUCCAUAUGGCACACUGAAUCCCACGUUGAAUCCUCAAGGACAAAAUUAUCUUCAACAAGCGCCCUUCUCCAGAGGACCAGAGGCAUUCAAUAUAUUCAUCAAUGGCAUUGAUGUUAGAGCUAAUCCUAAUAUCAACGUCAACGUAAUACCAACCAGGCCUUUUUAUGGUAUAAAUCAGGGACCACGUGUGCAGUAUCAAAAUUAUUGGCCGCAAGAUACACGUUUCCAGAAUAGUUUUCCUCCACCAAUUCCUUCACCAAUCUUUUAUUCUCAAUUUCCCCAAUCGUAUGGGUACAGUCAGAGAAGUGGAGAUCAAAUCCAAAGAGAUGCACGCAACAGUUCUCAUAUGGAAACACAAACACUUUCUAACCAAGAACAGAUGCAAACAAAUGUUGGAAAUACUUCGCACGUACAGCAGGAGACUUAUUCGAACCAAACUGGACAACAAAUUCCAAACAAUGAUACCAAUGAAUCUAUUUAUGUAGAUAUGGACUCUUCUUCUACAUAAGAAUUGUUUAAUUGAACAAAUAAAAUACACAAAACAAAGAUAUAAGUAGGAAUUUUAAAUGCAUAAGAAUUUAAUUAAGUUUUAAGAUUGAUUUACGUUUGGUAAUUAUAUUAUUAAGGGAGUACAAACAAAUAAUUCUUGGUGCAAUAUUGAACAUACCUUCGAAUUUUUUUGAACAGGGCAAAUUCUUAAUUUUUUCAGGAACCUAUCUACCUCAGAAUCACAUUUUUUAUACAACUUGGUAUAAAGUUAUUAAUUAAUAUAGUUUUAAAUUCAGCACUAUUAAUCGCUAACAUAAUAUAUAUUUUCAAAAUUCAUACGUAAAGUACAGGAAACAGUAAAAAUUAAAAUAAAAAUACAGGAAAGACUUAGAAGAAGAAGAAGAAGAAAGUUAAUCGUCUUAUAAUGCUGAUUGUAUGCGCAAAUGUACCUCUUCCUAAAGAUAUAUUAAUAUUUUAUAUAGAUUAUGAACUUGUUAGAAUAAUGUUAUUAUAAAAAUCUAAAGUAAAAAAUGUAUGUAUUUCUAUUUUUAAGCUUGUCACAUUUGCACAAGUUGUCUGGGAGUGAUCACUACCAUGUGAUAAGGCUGCCUUAUUUUGUCAAUGUUAUAAAAUUAGCUUUAUAUUACCACUGAAGUGCCAUAUAAAAAAUGUUGGAAAAUUGUCUUACAACAUUGUUUAUUUUAUUUUAGACUUAAUUAUAUUUAAAUGUUAAAUAUACUUCUGAUGAUGUACACGAAAUUAUUUUUUUUAAGUGAAAAUUCUUUAGGCGUUGAGACUUAAAAUGUCAAGGUCACGUCAUCGCAAUCCCGUCACAUCAUCGAGUGGCGAUGAUUUUGGUUUCUUUUUAAUUCAGUUCUGACACGUGUGCUCGGCACACACGCUCUUUUUUUGUAGGAAAAUCUUUCAUAUUCUUUCCGAACAAAACCCCACUUUGUUCCGUCGAGCCACUUUAAUGACGUGGACAUUAAUUUACUAAGAUUUUAUUGGAAAUUUAUUCCAAAUUUUUAUAAUUGUAAGAUUAAAAUUUAAAAUUUAUAAAAAAAGUUACAAAAAAAGAGUAAAAAUAAGAUACAAUAUAGGUAGAUACGAACAAUGAUGGUGUCUUAAAAUCUAUGAAUAGAAUACUAAGAUUUUAUUGGAAAUUUAUUCCAAAUUUUUAUAAUUGUAAGCAAGAAUUGUAAGAUUAAAAUAAAAAAAAAUGUUACAAAAAAAGAGUAAAAAUAAGAUUUUUUUGUAUGCAUUUAAAUAAACGCUUUUGAUGUGAACAUAA